GUCGCGGCCAUCUUGCCUUUGUUACUAACUCACGAGACUAGCCGGAGCCACUGUAGCGGUCUUUCAGCGCCUCUGGCGGCCCUGAUUGGAACUAAUCUGCCCGCAACGCGCGUAAAACGAAUUCGCGUUUCACGUACGCAUUAUUAAUUCUUGCGCGUUAGAAUUUCUCUUGUAUAUAUAUAUAUAUAUAUAUGUAUAUAUAUGUACGUAUACGUGUAUAUGCACGUAUAUGUAUUUGCAAGAGUGAAACUUUUGUUGUACUUUUAUAAAAUUUUCUCGUAAACGUGGUACGCCUUGUUUUUAAUCGAUCGUGUAAAUCGAUUCUCGUUCAAAGUUAUUCGAUAACUUAAAACAAUUCGGCAAUUUGGAAAUUCUGGUUACUUAAAUUCGCUCAAAUUUCUCGACUCUUACCGAAUUACCAAAAGCCAUAAUUUUAUUGGUGGAAAUUAUUAAAUUACUACCUCCAUAUUGGGUUACAUAAAUGAUAUACUUUGGAAAUGCGAAGAUAUUUCGAUUGAGAGCUAUAAAAUUAAAACACACUUCCAUCUUUGAACGUAUUAACGACAAAAGAAAACAAUUACGAUGACGUUUAUUAUCGUGACACGAUGAGGAAGUUUAAAUAAAAACAAGUAUUAAAAUCGAUCGAAACAUUUUACCGGUUAUAGCUCAACGUUAAAAUUAAAAUGUAUCAAUUCCAGAAAAUGGAUCUCUGAUAUGAAUAAAACAGAAUCUUUUAAUUUGGACGGAUCCAAAAAUCCAAGACAGCCGAAAAGAAAGGAUGGAAGCGUAAACACGGAAGAGGAAAAAUAUUCGGGAAAGCAGAAGAAGAAACCUAACAAGCUUUCAUUAUGGUGCGGCAAAUUAUGCGGACGGAGAAAGAAGAAUGGUGAAAAGGACAAGAGGAAGCUAAAUAAAAAAUCGAAACGUAAAAAGUCAAAAAGAAAACGUUACUGCAGAUUUUGUAAAAGGAAGAAGAAGAAGAAGGAGGAUGAGGAGGAGGAGCAGGAGGAGGAGGAAGGUUCGGGUGUGCGACUUAACAGAGCUGCGAGACAACCCAAGAUGAGAGAUAAGGAACAUCAAACCUUUGACCAGUCGGAUUCAAAGAUAUCUGUCGAAGAAAGAAAAAAGUCAAGAGCAGAAAGAAAGAGAGAAAAGGCGCUUAAACGGAAAAACUCUGGUCAUCUGGAAAAGUCAGUCUCCUAUGCUAAGGACAAUCGAUAUACCGACGAUCAAAGAUCUAAAUUUAAACUAGAUCGUGAUAGAUUAACAGGGGAUAUCAGUAAAAGUUGCUGCUUUUUAUGUGCUGAAAAUUCUUUAGCGAUCGCGGCAGCUAUCGGUCCUAGACCAAUAUGUUCCGAUAAGAGCGUGGAUGCGUAUGGCAUGAAAGGGAUCGAGACUAGUUGCAGUCCGAUUAAAUUGCCAGUACACGUGAGGACCGUCAAAUCGUCCUUACGAAUUAAAGUAAAAGACACGUGUACGUCCUAUGGGAACAUGCCGAAAGCAAAGAAAAAACGUAAGAAAUUUAAACUUUUUCCAAAAGUUAAAAAGAACACGUGUCCUAACCAUAAGGUUAUACCCAAACGACGUACGGUCGGUUGUGUUACCGAAAAUCCAUCGAAAUCUGAGAAACCAAAAGAGAAAAAGAUACACGAGCCUUGUUGCAAGGACAAAGCGACAUAAUUAUUUUGCUAUUUCGAUGCUAUUUCGCUUUCUUUCUUCUUUUCUUUUUUUUUUUUUUUUCUUCUCUUUCACCAAACUUCGGCGUAUUUGAAAAUCAAUAUUUUCAAUAAAGAUUAUACGCUCGAUUUAUUUCUUCUUCCAUUCAUGUGAUUUCUUCAUUGACAAGAUUUCUUUCCCCACGCAAUCACUUACGGUCGUCGUAUCUUCUUUGAAAUCUGAAAAAAAAAA